AUGAAAAAUGAAAGAGUGAACAAUAUGCGCCUCGUACAUUAUGAUGCUCAUCCCCCCUUCCCUCUAUUAACGAGAAGCAGUGCAAAAAACAAGAAAAUUUUGAGAAAAACCGAAAACCCAUUUAGUUGUCCUAUCUCCAAAUCAGGAAAUUGUGCAUCCCAUAUCAUAUCCCGAUCAGGUAAAGCAAAUAGCAGAAAUCCCCUCUGCCUCGUUUUUUGUCACCACCCAUCCAUCCCCCCACCACUUAAAACAAAGAAAAUUAAUUUUUUUUACUUCCACCACCCCUCUGCGAUAGUCUCUCGGGAGCAGACCCAACAAGAUGAAAUUAUUAGACAGCUUUCGUCAAAAAGAAAGAAAAAGAGAACCGCCUCCUCAGACAACCUCUGCAACCACUUCUGUGGGACUUCGGGAUUCCAAAAAGAAACUGCUGUCAAUUUGACUACUGCUUACAGUAAUAAAAUUACAUUAUCUACGCCGACAUCAAUAACUUUCUUUACGUUUCAAUUACAUUUCAGAAAAAGGAAUAAACUAUAA